CCAUGCACAGAUUCGCCCUCAGAAACUCUGGCCGUGCCGCUGCGCUCGCCGCAACCGCAAAGAGCGCUCCUCGCGUCGCACCCUCGGUUGCACGCUCAUAUGCUACCGCGAAGGCUGCUGCCUCGGAGGUUUCUUCCAUCUUAGAGUCUCGGAUAGCUGGCUCUUCCGUUGGCAGCGAUAUUGAGGAGACUGGUCGCGUCCUCAGCGUCGGUGACGGUAUUGGACGCGUUUGGGGUCUCAAAGACGUGCAGGCCGAAGAGAUGGUGGAGUUUUCUUCCGGCGUCCGCGGCAUGUGCUUGAACUUGGAAGCCGACAACGUUGGUGUCUCCAUCUUCGGUAACGAUCGUCUCAUCAAGGAGGGCGAUACUGUCAGGCGUACUGGCCAGAUCGUCGACGUUCCUGUCGGCCCCAACCUCCUUGGCCGUGUCGUCGACGCCCUCGGUAAUCCCAUCGAUGGCAAGGGCCCCAUUGAGGCCGCUGAGCGUCGCCGUGCGUCCCUCAAGGCUCCCGGUAUUCUCCCCCGUCGCUCCGUCAACCAGCCCAUGAUGACGGGUAUCAAGCCUAUCGACGCCAUGGUGCCCAUCGGCCGUGGCCAGCGUGAGCUUAUCAUUGGUGACCGUCAAACCGGCAAGACCGCCGUCGCCAUCGACACCAUUCUCAACCAGAAGCGGUGGAACGACGGUCAGGACGAGGACAAGAAGCUUUACUGUGUCUAUGUUGCUAUCGGCCAGAAGCGUUCCACCGUCGCUCAGCUCGUUCAGACUCUUGAGGAAAAUGACGCGAUGAAGUACACCAUCAUCGUUGCUGCGACCGCCUCGGAGGCCGCUCCCCUCCAGUACCUCGCUCCUUUCUCUGGGUGCGCCAUGGGCGAGUGGUUCCGUGACAAUGGCAAGCACGCACUUAUCAUCUACGAUGAUUUGUCGAAGCAGGCCGUCGCUUACCGUCAGAUGUCGCUCCUGCUCCGUCGUCCCCCCGGUCGUGAAGCUUACCCUGGUGAUGUCUUCUACCUCCACUCUCGUCUCCUCGAGCGUGCUGCCAAGAUGAGCGAGAAAUUCGGUGGAGGUUCCCUCACUGCUCUGCCUAUCAUUGAGACCCAGGGCGGUGAUGUGUCCGCUUACAUCCCCACCAACGUCAUCUCCAUCACUGACGGUCAGAUCUUCUUGGAGGCCGAGCUCUUCUUCCGUGGUGUCCGUCCCGCUAUCAAUGUCGGUCUCUCGGUCUCCCGUGUCGGUUCCGCUGCGCAGACGAAGAUCAUGAAGAAGUUCGCCGGUUCGUUGAAGCUCUACCUUGCCCAGUACCGUGAGGUUGCUGCCUUCGCCCAAUUCGGUUCCGAUCUCGAUGCCUCCACUCGGUUCCUGCUCGCUCGUGGUGCCCGUUUGACCGAGCUCCUCAAGCAAGGUCAGUACCAGCCCAUGUCUAUGGAAAUCCAGGUCCCCAUCAUCUACGCUGGUGUCAACGGUCUCCUUGACUCCAUCCCUGUCGACAAGAUCACCAAAUGGGAAGCCGAGUUCCGUGAACACCUCACUGCCCAGCAGACCUCCCUCCUCGAGAAGAUCGCCACUGGCAACGUCACCCCCGAGGUCGAGGCUCAGAUCAAGAAGGUUGUCGAGGAGCACGUUGCGCAGUUUGCUUAGAUGGUGUAUUCUACCUCGCUUCGCUGCUGUGAGCCGUCGGAAGGUCGACGUCUUGACGUGCGAUGACAGACACAAAAUACAUAACGUCUCUUUUUUCUUGUCUGCUC